CCCAAUUGGCGCGCUCUCCCGCGGAGACCCCACCGAUAGCUUGUUUGAAGAUCGAACCCCAUUAGGGUUCUCAGCUUCCUCUGAGGUUCUUUGAUUGCUUGUUCUUUCCCUGCGCUUGGUUUCUUCUGAUUUUAGAGAGCUUGAAGCUUUCUUUCGUUGUUGAAGUGAUGAAUUCUGGUUCACCUGAUAAAGAGGUCGAUGCUUCAAUGGGUGUUGCUGAGAUUGACGGUGAGAUCCCUGCCGGGGGUAAAUGGUCAGCUGCAUUAGAUCUGAACCUAGCGGCAGGUAAGGACGAAGAGGGCUGUGGCCAUGAGAAUGAUGUUCGGAAUGGCCGGAUGGAGAUGGACUUGAAUCAGCAGCAAUUGCAUGGUGAGGCUAAUUCGUUGCCUGUGGUGAACGGAAAUUAUAUUCAUGAAAUGGAAGACGGUGAUCAGUUGGAGAGAUCAAAUAUUCCAGGGGAAGAUGGAAUCGCUGGAGAUUGUAUUGGAAGGGACAGGGAUAUGGAGGCUGUUGAUGAUUUUGAGAGAAGAUGUUGUUCCUCGCCGACGAAGAUUGCAUCUUUGCCUACUGAAAAGCUAAACGAUGAAAUUGAUGUUCAUGGAAAGCAGAAUUCAGGCAUUUCAGCUGGAGAAACCGGAAAUGAUUUUUAUAGUUAUGCUGGUAAGUCGAGUGAUGAAAUUCGAAGUAAGGACCAUGAUGACGAAGAUGGUGAUCUUUCAGAUGCUGUUUAUAAGAACCACCCCGUUGACAGGUUAGACAAGGAAGAAAACCAAAUGGAAUAUGUUGCCGGUGAUAUGCAGAAGUAUGAAUCCUAUAGCUCCAGCAAUUUGGACGCACAACCUAAUACCAAGGACAUGCAAGGAAGUUACUCCCACCAUUUUCCCCAAGAGCGUGUCUUAGGAUCUGUUUCACCGGUUACGGCAACAGCAGACUCCUGUACACAAUCUCCUCACAGAUUCCCAUCUGCAGGAAUGGAACCAAAUUCUCAUGUAUCACCAUUAUCUGAAAAUCAAGAAGUUCCGGUUCCUCAGUGCGAAACUCCGCACUCAUCAUCACUCAAGUGUAGUCCUUCCCGUAUGCAAUCGCCAAAGGGUCAUUCUGAACAGAAAGGAACAACUUCUCAUGACAAUAUUCAGCAGGAGUUUUCCCCUAGAAAGUCUGCUCGCACAGAUAAGGGAUCUCGUUCUCCUCGAAGAUUUCAGCAGCAAGACUCCCCAAAACAGGAAGAUUCCUCUAAAGGUUGCCAAUCUACUUCACCAAAAAGAAGGCACUCUUCACCAGGAAGGCACAAAAGACAUGAUCGUUCAUUAUCUAGAUCGCCCAGCAGGCGGAGGGAACAGAAGGAUGCUCCUUCUGGUUCAAGAAGAGACUACCGCUAUAGGUCGCGGUCAAGGUCCCCCAUGCAAGGGAACAUUCCAGGAGAUCCCCAAGGAGGAGAUAUUCUCCAAUGAGGAGGUCCCCUCCAUCAGCUUAUCAUUCUCACCGCCGAUCUCCAAGGAGGAGACCUUGGUCACCUCCUCCAAAUCGGAGUACUGGAGUGGGGAAACCUGGGAAUAGUUUAUUUGUUGCUGGUUUCAGCUUUGCCACCACUGAGAGAGAUUUAGAGAGGAAGUUCUCUAGAUUUGGCCGAGUGACAGAUGUUCGCAUUGUUCGUGACAGGAGAUCUGGUGAUUCAAGAGGUUUUGGCUUUUUGUCCUUGGAUCGAGAUGAGGAUGCUGAUGCCGCAAUUCGAGCUUUAGACCAGACCGAAUGGAAUGGGCGGAUUGUCCUGGUUGAAAAAUCAAAGACUCGUGCUCACUGAGUGUUCUUGUGUUUAGCUUGGGAAGUCUAGCCUCUGGCGGAGAGGCUGUGGCUUUCCAUUUUCUGUCUUGUUUCCUGCCAUAUAGUCACCACAGUUUAAUAUAGGGCAAGUACUACAUAAAACUAGAAUCCUGACACUGUAAUCAGUUCAAGUCAUACUUUGGUACUCUAAAACUGAACGUGCCAAUGUCCUUUUACUAAAUCAUCAUCCAUUUGGACUAUGGAGUAGAGUAGAUUCUGAAAAAAUGACUUUUUUGCUGAGAUACACUGUGCCAGAUACUUAAACAAAUUGUCUGAUUAGUUGUCUAUUUUA